GUCGCGGACAUGGCCGAGGCGGCAGCAGACGGCUCGGCUCGGAUGGGCAGACGCCACCGGAGAUUCCAGUUCAUGUUCGGCUGCGCGACGGCCCACGAGCUCUGCCACGCCUUCGUCGGGUACCUCGCUCAGGGCGACUCGGAUGACUACUCACGAUACACCCCUCCGAACGUCAAUUACCUCAACUAUGCCCAGGGGAAUCGAGGGGUUUGGGAGGAGGAUGAUGAACAAGACAGAAUUCAACCGGGAGAGUCAGGCAGGUGGUUCGAGAGGCAGCUCUUCGGUGGUUCGCUCGAGUUCUACAGGGACAUCAAUGACGACGAGGGCCAGGUGAGGCAUCGGCGAGGAGAUGGUGCCAGGCCAGUGAACGUGCUAACCAUCCAUCACCGGGUUCAGACCGGCAUUCCCCACCUCGUGGAUGAUAACGGUGUGUCUUGGCGCAUUGAUCCGGACUGUAUCGACCAGCUAGUGGGCAAUCCCCGACGUAAGUUUGGACCGCUGCGCCUCCUGCUUGGCGGAUAAAUGGGAGAGGAGCCAUGGACGCCCGCUUAUGAUCCCGACAAUACGCUGACG